UUUCUCUUUAAAGUUAUCUACCUUCUUCUUAUUCAGUUCCCAGUUCCAAUGAUACGAUUGAAUUCCCAGGCAAAGGUUUCCACUUUGAUCCACACUUUCUCUUUGUUACAAUUGAAUAAAUCUUCUCACUUCAAAAUUUUCAUCUUUAGUUCACACUUUGCUUCUAUCCUUUCUCAUCGUUCGGUUGGGUUUGAGUGCUGCCAUAUGCAAACACAACAAAAGGGUUAGCGACGGUGGUAGCCAGCCAAAGAGCAUAUGAAAAAUAGCAGUGACGAGGCAAAGGUUUCCACUUUGGUCCAUACUUUCUCUUGGUCCAAUUGUUGUUGCUACAAAGGGACAAAAGGCAAAACAGUCCACUCACAAGCGAAAGCGAAGACGAUGCAAAAAUUGUCAUUUGGACAUGAUAGACGAAAAUGUACUAAAGUGUGCACAGAUGCAUAUGAAACUCACAAUUAUGAUCAUGUUGGGGCACCCAAUUAUGUUGAGAAUGUAAAUUUGAAUCUGAUAGGAUCAUCCGAUGGCCUAUUGCAAUCAGAUUCACAGCAUGGAUGCAAUAAGGAAUUAAUGGAUAGUAAUUGGUUUCAGAUCAUUCCUCCUGGUCAGGCAUUAAUGUGGGCAUGCAAUCCUUCAUUAAUCCAAAGUCAUGUACAAAACACUAGCUUGUUAGGAGAUGAAAAGUAUUCAGUGAAUGAACCAGAUUUCAGCCAAGACCAUUAAGGAAUUUUAUUCUUGAGAGAGUACAAAUGUUUUUGCACGUCUUUGCUCAAAGCUUUUAGGAUGAUUUAAGUUUCUUCGAAGGUAGUUUAAUGCGUUUUGAUUGUAAAUCUGAACAUAAUCUCCUUAGUUUGCAAUUUCUGGUGUUUACUUGUUUUAAUGUGAAUAAUUUCAGCUUGCUUGGAAAAAAGUUUGGUGAUCAAAUUUCAGAUAUUGUUAGCAUCCAAGUGCUCUUGGGUUUGUAAACCAGAAAUGUCAAUCCAAACUGAAGCUUUUGAUAGUGAUAUCAGAGCCCUUGAUGCUGGUGAUCAAAUUCUCAAAUCAAGUUACUAGCCUUUUGAUUGCUUCAGAUUUCUGAAGCCAAAGUCUUUGUGCUCUAAAUUCAGUUCUUGGCCAUGUAAUCUUGUCAUGCUUAGAUAGCUAUAUCUAGUGUCCUGCCAGCUUAAUUUUGAUGCGUAAGUAUCAAUUAUUAAAAGUUAGAUUCAUUCUG